GCCGUUCGGGCGGAAGCGUGGACCGCCGGAUCCGCUAUGGCCGUCGCGGCGGUGCACCUGGACUCGGACGCGUUCCUGGUGUGCCUGAACCAUGCCCUGAGCACGGAGAAGGAGGAGGUGAUGGGGCUGUGCAUCGGCGAGGUGGACGCCAGCAAGAUAGUGCACAUCCACUCGGUGAUCAUCCUGCGGCGCUCGGACAAGCGCAAGGACCGCGUGGAGAUCUCGCCCGAGCAACUGUCGGCCGCGUCCACCGAGGCCGAGCGGCUGGCCGAGCUGACGGGCCGGCCCGUGCGCGUGGUGGGCUGGUACCACUCGCACCCGCACAUCACUGUGUGGCCGUCGCACGUGGACGUGCGCACGCAGGCCAUGUACCAGAUGAUGGACCAGGGCUUCGUGGGCCUCAUCUUCUCGUGCUUCAUCGAGGACAAGAACACCAAGACGGGCCGCCUGCUGUACACGUGCUUCCAGUCGGUGCAGGCGCAGAAGAGCGCCGACUACGAGCGCAUCGAGAUCCCCAUCCACGUGGUGCCUCACGACACCAUCGGCAAGGUGUGCCUCGAGUCGGCCAUCGAGCUGCCCAAGAUCCUGUGCCAGGAGGAGCAGGACGCGUACCGGCGCAUCCACAGCCUCCCGCACCUCGACUCGGUGACCAUGAUCCACAACGGCUCCGUCUUCACCAAGAACCUGUGCAGCCAGAUGUCGGCCAUCAGCGGGCCGCUUUUGCAGUGGCUGGAGGACCGGCUGGAGCAGAACCAGCAGCGGGUGCGGGAGCUGCAGCGGGAGAAGGAACGGCUGCAGCAGGAGCUGGCGGCGCUGGACUGAGGCCCCCCACAGCGAGGGGGCCGGGCAGGCUGGAGGCGGGGGUCCUUCCUGGGGUUUUGUGGUUUGCUCCCCCUCCGCAUACGGGC